AUGAUUCCGAGCGUCACCGCCGCCGGCGCUCUCAUGAAGCGCUUCGCCGCUCAGGGGCUGGAUCUGUCUCCUGAACGAAGGAUUCCGCCCUAUGCUGGCUUCGUCUUUUUUGCCGACUUCCUCAUCUUCCUCCCGGCUUCCUUGAUGAUCGGCUACACCUUUCAACAUGUCUAUCCUACCCUCGCCGCCGUGGAGGACCCUGACCUGGCAUCAUAUGAGUUUCUCCCCGUCAACGAUGUCAAUGAUAAGGCCGCUGUGGGCAGCAAUAAGAAACAGCCCAAUCCGGUGGCCGAAGCAAAAUCAAGUCCCUCUGCCCACUCUAGCAGCCCCCAGGCUGUCACCUCCUCCAUCCGUCAAACUGCCCGUCUCCUUCGCUCGCUCACCGGUUGGCCUUCCUUCCUCCGCGGUCUGGGCUACGGCCUGCUGUCCGGCUUCGCCUUUCUGACUCUCUGGCGCCUUCUUGCCUUGGUGCUGCCCUUCGACCACCUGUUGGCCUACCCUUUGGCCCUGAUCGCAACGGCCCCGCUCCACGCCGCGUGGACCCAUUCCAUGGUUGCCGUCCCAUCUCACCGGUCCUUCUUCUCCCGCAUUCCGUCUCUCCGUUCAGCCUACCGCGCUACUUGGCUGCCCGUCCUCCUCUUCUCCGUUCUCUCCUGUCUAAGCACGGCUGUCCCCGACAUGCUCAUUUCGCUCGUCGCUGGACCGGACACUCUCAAUGUCCUCAUGCGUCCCUCGAGCGCCACAACCCCUGCUAGCCCUCCGGAGAUGUCUCCGUACACGGCGCUGAAGCUCCUGGUCAUCGUGGUUCUCUCCGUGCUCUUGAAGUUCGUGCUCGUCAUUCCAGCGCACGUGGCCCUCGUUCGCGUGCAGACGACGCUGCUGCCGGCCGACGAAGACACUAUCGUUCGCUUUGACCGGUCCUUUGGCGGACGCGUCGAAUCUGUCGCCGUCUGCAGCAAGUGCGGGUUUGCCCUGCUACGCGCCGCCUUGGCUAGCGUCACGUUUCAGAGCUGGCGCCGCAUCGUGUUGCUGCGCGUCAAGCUCUUCGCCCUGGCUAUAGCAAUGUACUUGGCCAUGGGUGCUAUUUUGGGCGUCCAGGUUAUGCUGAUGCGGCGGGCUUGA